UCGAUUUGAGUUUGACUUUUUUUAUGUUUGACUUUAAUAUUUUUGUUUUCAAGUACGCGACAAGCGGUCUAACGCAAAAUAAUAUUCAUCAUAGAAUAUUAAUGUAACAUUUAUAUAGCGACCCAUGUCAGAAACUUCCAUACAAGGAAAUCAAGCUAAGGAAGAGCAGCCGCCGUCAAAAAUAACGGAGUCUGUUAAGAAAAUAAUAUCAAUGGAAAAAGAAAAUGAAACGAACGCCAAUCGUAAAUCUCGUAUUGACCUCAAUGCACUACCAACACGUCAAUAUCUGGACCAGACAGUAGUUCCCAUACUACUGCAGGGUUUAUCAGCUCUAGCCAAAGAACGCCCACCGGACCCUAUAAACUAUCUAGCUGCAUAUCUACUGAAGAAUAAGAGCACAUUCGAUAAUAAUAAUUCAGGUGCCAACAGCAAUCCACCCCAAAAUACACAAACAUAGUGAUGGUUUAGAAGAUUCUUCUAUAGGGCUGCCAACACUCAAUUUUAACUGUAAUAGAUGCCAGUUGUACAAUAUAGUGUACAAAGUUUUAAAUGUACGUAGCUAUAUAAGUAACUAAACCAUUAAAGUAAAUGGGUUGUGGUAGAAAAGGACAUUAUAGCACUCUCAAACUUGUAUUUUUAGUGUAGUUUUGCGUAUAGAUAAAUGCUUUAAAUUAAUAUUGUUACUUAUUGGUAUAAAUAUAAUAUAUAAGACAAUGCAAACUUAAUUUUUAUUAAGAGUCUGUAAAAGAAGGAUAGAUUUAAUUUUCCACAACAAUAAGGUUUUAAUUUUUGUCCAUUAAGAUGAUACUUUUUUAAAUUUCUCCCUUAAAACUUGAAUUGACUUUAAUUUUAUUAAAUAUUAAAUACCAUAAUUAUGA